AAUGUGUCUUACAUUCUGAACAUCUUUGCCUUAGAUCAAAGUUUUAGCUGGACUGUCGGAUUGAAGGAAUUUCCACAUCCUGCAGCAACUCUUCUAGAUAGAUCCUUUACUGCCUAUGGACUUAUUGCGCCGUUGUUCUUGUUCACGGUUUCCAUGUUUCCUUUUGUGUUUCAAAUAAGCUCUAUUGUCCUGGAGAAGGAACUGAAACUACGGCAGGCCAUGAAUAUAAUGGGGCUCUACGAUUCUGCUUAUUGGCUCUCGUGGCUUGUUUGGGAGACCUUUGUCAUACUAAUUUCAUCGCUCUGGAUUAUCCUCUCUGGGAUGAUAUUACAGUUCCAAUUCUUCUUGCAUAACAGUUUUGCAGUAUUGUUUUUUCUUUUCUUCCUUUUUCAGUUGAAUAUGACCGGUUUUGCCUUCCUGCUAUCUGCUUUUCUUGGCAAGACUUCUUCUGCUUAUAGAGCCGGAUUCUGGAUUUUUCUGAUUGGAAUCAUUUCACAGUUUGCAGCUCUUGCAGCUGAGCCCUCUAAAAAAUCUCGCAAAUUAUAUUUUCUCCCACCAGCUCUGCUAUCCCAUGCCCUCGAAAUGCUCCACGAUGCAACUGAAUCACAUGAUAUUCCUGUGAUUAGCUGGAGUAAACGAAUGAAGUGUCCCACUGGUCAUUCUAAUUGUUACUUUACAAUGAAUGAUAUCUACAUUCGGCUCCUAUAUACUUUCGUGUUCUGGUUUCUUUUGGCGUUGUACUUGGAUAAUGUAAUGCCUAGCCCCAAUGGUACGAGGAAAUCAUUACUCUACUUUCUGAACCCAAGAUACUGGAUAGGGAAAGGGGAAAAUAAGCCUCAAGGUGUUUUAUGUGGCUGCUGCGAUUCAGAUUCUGCAUAUGUCGAUAUUACUCCAGAUGACACAGAUGUGCUUGAGGAGGAAAUUGUUGUGAAGCAGCAAAUGAAAUCAAAUGAAAUUGAUUCUAACAUUGCUGUUCAGAUCCGUGGUCUAGUGAAGAUAUAUCCUGGAAAAUUGAACUUUGGUUGCUGCUGUAAGUGCCAAAAAACUGAUCCUUUCCAUGCCAUCAAGGGUUUAUAUGUAAACUUGCCUACAGAUCAACUCUUUUGUCUCUUGGGAUCAAAUGGAGCUGGAAAGACGACUACAAUCAAUUGUUUGACUGGCAUAACCUCAGUGACAGCAGGAGAUGCUUUAAUAUAUGGAAAUUCCAUCAGAAACUCAGCUGGAAUGUCAAAUAUUCGAAAAAUUAUAGGUCUCUGUCCUCAGUUUGACGUUCUUUGGAAUGAACUGACUGGUGAAGAGCAUCUUCAGCUGUUAGCUAGAAUAAAAGGCCUACUGCCUGCAUCAAUUAAAGAGGCUGUAAAGAAAUCUCUGGAGGAAGUGAGACUAACAAAUUCAGCCAAAGUGAGAACUGGUAGUUACAGUGGAGGAAUGAGGCGCCGCCUUAGUGUUGCAUCUGCUCUCCUUGGCGACCCAAAAUUAGUGAUUUUGGAUGAACCGACUACAGGUAUGGAUCCAAUAAGCAGGAGGCAUGUAUGGGACAUAAUAGAAAAUGCAAAGAGGGGACGGGUUGUCAUUCUAACAACACAUUCAAUGGAAGAAGCUGAUAUAUUAGGGGAUCGCAUAGGUAUCAUGGCCAAGGGGAGGCUCCGCUGUAUUGGAAGUUCAAUCAGAUUGAAGUCGCAAUUUGGAUCUGGUUUUGUUGCUAACUUGAGCUUUGUAAAUGGAAACUCAGCAGCAAAUUCAUCUCACAAGGAGACAGUGAAGAGAUUCUUUAGCCAUCAUUUGGGAGUCUUCCCGAAGGAGGAGAGCAAUGCAUUUCUUACAUUUGUAAUCCCCCGUGAGAAAGAGCCCCUUUUGGUGGGAACUCUUGGAGAGCUCCAAGAUAAACAGCAAGAAUUUGGUGUAGCAGACAUUCAACUUGGUUUGACAACUUUGGAAGAAGUUUUUCUGAAUAUUGCAAGGCAGGCAGAGUUGGAAACUGCUGCGGCUGAGGGACGAAUGGAGACUCUUACUCUAUCAUCUGGGGCACUUGUUCAGGCAAGUACAAUUACAGUCAAGACUAUUCUUCCAAAUCUGAGAACUUUUAUCAGUGAUCCAAUUGAAGAUUAUUAUUUAUUCUAGAAAUUAUAUUUAUAGGCACUAAAUAAUUUCCUAGAAAUGCAGAUACCUGUGGGAUCCAAGUACGUGGCGGUUCCAGGAUCAGAGACUGCAGAUAAUCCUCGAGGCAUUAUGGUCGAAGUACAUUGGGAACAAAAUGAUUCAGGCGCACUCUGCAUUUCAGGACAUUCAGCUGAGAGGCCAGUUCCUUCAAAUGUACAGCCGAGCCUCCCUGUGGCUCAUCCAAGGUCCUCGGGGCAGCCAAAGGGAGUUGUUGGAAGGGUGAUUGAUCCUAGUCAUUUGUCAGAAAAUUGCUUUGAUUUAUAGGCAAAUUACGAUCCUUAGUAAACGUGUAAAUUGGUAGAUUUUCUGUAAGGCUAUUGUCAAUUGAUCAUCACAGGGACCUAUCAUUCUUAGAGCAAAUUAUUGUCAUUGAUUGACUGCGGCUAUUUUGCACCAAAACUGGUAGGAAAGUGAAAUGAGAACA